UCUCCUAUAUAUACCUCAGUUUCCUACACACUUUCUCCGGUUCCACAUCAUCUUCUCUGUAUAUCUACUCUCCUUAUUUAAUCUUCUUCUACACACACACACGCAGCCACAUGUACAUGUAAAGCAGAUACUGAGAUCAAUAUCGUUAUCAAUGAAUUUACCACCGGGAUUCAGAUUCUUUCCCACGGACGAAGAGCUCGUCGUCCACUUCCUCCACCGCAGAGCUUCACUCUUGCCUUGUCAUCCUGACGUCAUCCCUGAUCUCGAUCUUUACCCUUACGAUCCUUGGGACCUUCCCGGGAAAGCUUUGGGAGAAGGGAGGCAAUGGUACUUCUACAGUAGAAAGACGCAAGAAAGAGUGACAAGCAAUGGGUAUUGGGAAUCAAUGGGAAUAGACGAGCCAGUUUUCACAAGCUCCACACACAAGAGAGUGGGUAUAAAAAAGUAUCUGACUUUCUAUCUCGGGGAUUCUCAGAGUAACUGGGUCAUGCAAGAAUAUUCUCUCCCAGAUUCCUCUUCUUCAUCUGGUCGAUCUUCUAAGAGAUCAAGCCGUGGUUCUACUAGUUCUAGUCAUAAACCAGAUUAUAGCAAGUGGGUAAUAUGCAGAGUGUAUGAACAAAAUUCCAGUGAAGAAGAGGAUGAUGAUGGGGCAGAACUCUCAUGUUUGGAUGAAGUGUUUUUGUCUUUAGAUGAUCUUGACGAAGUAAGCUUACCGUAAUGAGGACAGAAGCACCCAAAAAGAAAAGGUUUAGUGGGCAAUUAUUUCUAAAAUCUUUGUAUCAAAAAGAAAAAAAUGGAAAAGGAGAAUGAGAAUGACAUCAUUCUUACAAGUUAUGUGUUGUAAGAUUAGUAAUCCCAAUUUGCAAGCAAGAAGCAAAACAAAAGGGAAGAAUAUCUAGUCUUGUUGUAUUUUUUU